UUCAGCUCUGCAUUUGGUAUCAAGAUGGCAACGUCCAUAACACUCAGCCUGGACAACUUACCCUCCGAUCCGUUACUGCUGGUGCUGUCAUUUCUGGACUUCAGAGAUCUGAGCAGUUGCAGUUUUGUAAAUCGUAGACUCAAUGAACUAACUGGUCAUAACCCACUAUGGAAGAGGCUUUGUCAAAAGCACUGGCUACUUACAGAGAGAGAUAAAACUCAGAGAGGCCUGACCUGGAAGGAACUGUUUCGGGAGUAUUACACUGAUCGGGGACGUUACCUUGACUAUUACAGCACUCUCAAGAAAGCCUGGGAUGACCUAAAGAACUACCUAAAUCAGAAAUGCCCUCGAAUGAUAGCUUCACUUAAAGAGGGCGUGAAAGAGGAUGAGCUAGAUGCCAUUGAGGCUCAGAUUGGCUGCAAACUUCCUAAUGACUACCGUUGCUCCUAUAGGAUACACAAUGGGCAGAAACUAGUGGUUCCUGGGUUGAUGGGCAGCAUGGCUUUGUCCAACCACUAUCGGUCAGAGGACCUGCUGGACAUUGAGACCGCAGCAGGAGGAUUUCAACAGAGGAAAGGCAUGCGUCAGUGUCUUCCCCUAACUUUUUGCUUCCACACCGGCCUCAGUCAGUACAUGGCCCUGGAGAGCACAGAGGGACGGACACACAAUGAGAUCUUCUAUCAAUGCCCGGAUCAGCUGGCACAAGAUCCGUCUGCUAUUGACAUGUUUAUUACAGGUUCUAGCUUUACAGAGUGGUUUACCUCUUAUGUCGAUAAUGUUGUAACAGGAGAAUACCCCAUAAUUCGGGAUCAGAUAUUCAGGUAUGUACAUGACAAGCGCUGUGUGGCUACCACUGGUGACAUCACCGUAUCCGUCUCUACCUCAUUCCUGCCAGAGCUCAGUUCGGUCCAUCCACCACACUUUUUCUUCACCUAUAGGAUCAGGAUCGAGAUGGCAAAGUCGGCCCUGCCAGAGAACGCAUGCCAGCUAGACAGUCGAUACUGGAAGAUCACAAAUGCAAAUGGAAAUGUGGAAGAGGUCCGUGGCCCCGGUGUUGUGGGUGAGUUUCCAGUAAUGACGCCCGGGAAAGUUCACGAGUACGCCAGUUGUACCACAUUUUCCACGACCUCCGAGUACAUGGAAGGCUACUACACAUUCCACCGGCUCAAGAACAAAGAGGAAGUGUUUGACGUAGCGAUCCCACGAUUCCAUAUGGUGUGCCCACCAUUCCGUGAAUCGGUGGUACGGUCGGUGAGUCGGGCUCAGUAAGUGAAGUCUCUGCUCUUUAUAAUGAUGAGAAUUCAUCGGACACAGAUGACUAUGAGGAGGGAGACAUGCGUGGAAUGAACAUGGCUGACCCGGGAGGACGCUGUCCCCGGCACGUCUGAUGCACUUUUACAUGUAACUGCUUGGCAGCACCCACCCACAAACAGGCAUGUUCACUCAAACACAAGCGUUGGAGGACAAACAGAGCGUUUAGGAAUCCAUUGUUUAUUGUACAACGCCUUUGUGCCUGACACCUCAUGGGCUCUUUCUCCAUUUUGUGAGAGCAUGUGUCUAGUUGAGAGUCUGUGUGUGUGUGUGUGUGUUUGUGUGCGAAUGUAUGAGAUCAUUGUAUAUAUGUAUGAGCCUGCAAAUGUAUUUUGUGGAUGAGUGAAUGCAGCAGAGUUUAUUGUAUAUGUGAAAGAUUGGUUGUACUUGCCUCUCAAUGACUUGUCACUUUCUGAAGAUUACAAAUUUGUAGAAAUCCUUGGGAGCACAGAGAAAAAGUACUUUUCUUUUGUAAAAAGAAAAAUACACACACACACCGGAUUGGGAAUACUUAUUCUGUCUAUUCUGUCUACUUUUUCUUGUUGGUUUGCGUGUGUGUAUAAUUAUAGUGCGAGAGACUAUGAAUAUUCUUAUUUUAGUUCGCAAAAUAAAUGAAUUGCAUUUGUUUUGUUAAUUGUGAAGCGUGUAUGUAUUUGUGUAUAUGUGUUUGAGAGUUUCAGCUGAGAUUUUGAAAUUAUAUGAAACCGAUCCGAUUAGAGGGUGAAAAGCACAUGUGCCCAAACCAAGCAAUUUAUGCACAGCAUCAGCUUCAACACAGUGAUCAUUAAGUUUAUAUCAGUUAAAUUGCGAGUUAGCUGUUUAGAUGCCCUGUUCUCAGACACAUCCAGAUAGAUGUAAACUGAAAGUCAACCAGACAUCCAAAUCUGGAAUCUUCUGUGUAUCCUUGUACAGGGUUUUCUUCUUAGUUAAGCUCAUCUCAAGGGCUGGUGAUGUUAUCCAGGCUGGUGCAAAUAGCAAGAUUAUUUGAUUUUUUUUGCAUUAUUAUGACUUUCUCAGCUUUUAUAUUUAAAAUCAUGUUUUUUGGGUGGUGCAAGAGGUAAAGAAUUAAGAAUAAUGUGCAGUCCUGAAUAAAAUUUUGACACAAACUUAUCUUGCCUAAAAACGUGUGAAUUAAAUUUUCAUGUUAAUGACUGCAAUUGUAUUGUAAUCUUUGUAAAAUAAUGCAAUGCAGUGGGAUUUUUCAGCAGUUUGUUCAGCCCUGUUUAGAUCUUUCUUAUUGGUUAGUAACACCCUGUUUUUUAUUUUGUAUAUGUACAUUUUUUUUUUAUUUGAAGUAAAUAAAGAGGUAAUGGUGUAUUGA